AUGGAUUUACCGGCGAGGAGCUGUGGAACGCACGUUGUUGCUGUGCUAGAUGUGCUCGACAUCGUCUAGAGUUUGAAUCGCGAAUUAUGGCGUAUUCCAACUUCUAUGGAUACGUUACGCCCAAGACAUUCUAAGGGAUGAGGGCUAUGAGGGGGGCUUUUGGACUUGGACUUCCCCCGGGAGAAACGUGGCUUCGUCGUCGACAGCGACCUGGAAACUCGCAGACACCGACCUGCAUCUUCCCCACAGACUCCGUAGGCAUCCGGUCAUGCAAACGACGCCGCCAUGACCCCCGACCCCCCACAUGACCCCCCAACGACCCUCCAGAACUUCCUCGGCUUCUUCCUCGUCGCUCUCGCAUGGGGCUUCACCAACCCCUUUAUAAAGCGUGGCAGCGCCGGCCUCGAGCUCAUCACCCAGCGGCACGCCUCAUCACCGUGGUACCUAAAACGCGCCGCUGAGACGUGGUAUCUCGUCACCCGGUGGCAGUAUGUUCUGCCGUUGGCGAUCAAUUUGAGUGGGUCGGUUUUGUAUUAUAAGACGCUGGGGGAGAGCGAUCUGUCGAUAGCCGUCCCAGUCUCAAACAUGUGCACACUAGCACUAACACUGGUCGCGGGCGCCUUGCUGGGCGAAGAUCUCGGUUCCAGAGAAACCAUCUUCGGAAUCGGACUGAUAUUUACAGGCGUGCUGCUAUGCACCAUGUCCAAGCUAUAGAAUCCUCAACUACGUCCAAUGGGCGUCUUCCCGACCCGUUCGGCCUGUACAUAUCAAUAUACCCAGUCAUU